ACAUGUAGAUUUGUCCCGAUGAGUACUUGCUACAUGUACAUGUACACACGAAUAUAUUUUGUCCGGAUGAACGCUUACUCCAUGUACACUGUCAUACACGUUAAUGUUUUGAUUGAUCCCGUUCAUUGAUCAGCCGAGCCAAGACAAGUUUUCACCACAGAAAAAUGUUCUUGACCCUUGAACUAGUGACACUUUUAAAAAGAUCAAUAUACGACACAACUGUUGCACAUUUCUUAUAAAGUUUUGCGAGUUUUGUAUGCAUUUUACUUUACAAGUUUGGAUUUCAAUAGAAUACCUGGAUUACACACCUGGACGGACAGGUAAAUGAUUCGUAACAAGAAACUCCCGUCAUAACAUCAGAUAACACAAGAAAAAGCCAUCGCCCUAGAAAUUAACACGCCUACGAUGGAUUCUGAUCAAAACGAUGAAACAACUAAGCUUAAACAACAAUUAGUGGAAAAAGAUCAAGAAUUGUCAAAACUUCGAGAAGAGAAAGAUUUAUUAGAGGAAAGUCUUGAAGAAACCGAGGAAACUGUAAAAGAGGCCCGGAAAGGUUUUCAAAAACGCAUAGAUGAAUUGACAAACGAUAUAGAGGAAAAGGAUGAACAAAUCGAUACACUAACAGGGGAGGUAACUCAGUUAAAGAACAACAAUCAGAUACAAGACAAUUCGCCGGAAGUUGUGAAUUCUCUGAAAGAGCAACUCCGGUUAAAAGAUGAAUCGGUUAUUGAAAUAAAAGAAACACUGCAUAAAGGGGGAAUGACUAUUAAUAAUCUUCACAUGGAAAUAGGUGAUCUAAAGGAUAAUCUGGCGACUGCAAAAGAUUCUAUUACAUUGAAGUCCGAAAAAAUAAAAGAGAUGCGAGACGAAAAUUCUCAACUUAAAUCUACUGUGUCAGAAUUACAAUGUAAACUUGACAAUCUCCAAACAAUACCGGAAGCUGGUUCUGAAAUGUCUGUAGAUCCCGAAGGAGGUAAAGUGCAGAUAGAGGUAUUAAAGAAAGAAAUGAGUAGAAAGAAUGAAGAGUUGAUGUCUUUGAGAAUACAGCUUGAGAAAUGUCAGAAACAGUUAAAUGACUUUAAUAAAAGUCCGAAAUCUACCGAACCUGAUGAAAGCCAACAUUCCAACAACGAACCGACCAAAGUCCACGAAGACGUUACGCAAGAGAAAUCCAAAAUUAAUGACCUUGAACUACAGUUAGAAAAGGCCCAGUCUGACAACAUGAAAAUUUUGAUUGGCUUUGGGUUAUUAGUACUCGUGAUCGCGGUCUUAGUAGCAAAAUUAAUUUAUUAGAUAUAUUUGUAUUAUAAUGUAUUCAGUAUUAUAUAUGACCGAGUCAAAGUUUAGUCGUCUGACAAAAUUGAAACUUUACUGUCUCUCUAACUUGUUUUAGAUUAAGCUAAAUUUAAAUCAACGAUUUUCUCUCUUACUUUUUACAGUUAGCAUUAUUUCCAUAUUAUUUAAAGUGAAUUUUCGGAAACAAAACAUGCAUGGUUGACAUUAACAUACAGCCAGGGUAUUUGUGUUUAGAAUGGUAAUAGUGAACAUUUCUUCAUUUGUCAAAGAUAUUUUCAUAAAAAUUUCCCCCAAAAAAAAAUCUAAAUAUAAUUUAUCGCAAUUUAGCUUUAUUUUCUUUUCCAUUACAAACUAAUCCAUUUUGGUGGCAGGUUUCUUUAAAUUUAAAAUCUUACUGUAUAACGCAUAACACGUAAGCGGCGAUUGCAAGAUUGUUUUUUUUUUUGUUCUCAACAGCAAUGCAUUCAAUAAGUUUAUUAAAUUAAUAAUAUUCUUGUACUGUGGAUUUAGUUUCGUGGAGAUCAAUUUUCGUGGAUUGAAGAAAAUUUACAUUUUCGUGGAUAUCUGAAUUCGUGGUUUGCCGAUUUCUAUGUACACAGCCUAUAAAAAAUGUGUAAUUCGAUGAGCAUAUGAAUUCGUGGUUCACCUGUAAAAAAAUGGUAUCCAACGAAUAAUAAUGAAUCCACAGUAUAAUGAAUAUUAUAUGUCUCUGAUAAUACUAGAGACUCUCACAUGACUAUCGUCUCUUUACUUACGUAUGCUUCAUGAACAAUGUUUUGAAAAUCAGAAAAAAGGUUAAGAAUAAUCUGUCUCUGGUCAUACGCAACGUCUUAAAAUCAUGUGGGAGAGGGUAAAACAAUUUUUCGAUUGCUUUUUAUGCUUUUCGGAUGUCCCUCAAGUGCUCAAUGUCGAUACUUUUAACGUUUUUCGAAUUGCUCUAUGAUUAUUGCAUUUGACUUGCCAAAUUCGUCCCAACCCGGGCGAUUCCGUACCUUCAUCUUAUCAUUCGUCUCAACUCGGCCGAUUCCGUACACUCAUCGGAGAGUGACGGAUUCUACCGAGGAUUGUUGAAUGUUAUCUAAGACGAAGACGAGUGUCGAAUUCACCCGAAGAUUGCCGAUUGUGUCGUGCCACAGAAAACUAAUGCAUUUGCCAUUAUGUCUAAUCAUAGACCAAACAAACAUUUUGUCAUUUUCGUUCAGUUUUAAUCAUUACGAGUCAU